CUUUCCAGCGGCCAUGGGUAUACCAUUUCAACCUUUACCAGAUUACCAAGAAGGAGCUGAACAGGCUUUAAAAACUGCCCGUCAUUAUAUGGAAAGUUCAAAAGGUCCUUAUUGUUUGCUUGUAAGGAGGCAAACAUUUCUUCCCUAUAAAUUGAGAAAAAAAGCUCCUGAAUUUUUACUGACUCGUGAGGAAGCCAUGAAGAUUAUCAUCGAUAACAUUGGCAGUAAAGUUGCUGUAGUCAGUACAACAGGAAUGUUAUCUAGGGAACUCUUUGAGUAUAGAGUCGAGAAAGAUAUGGGUCAUGAGCGUGACUUCCUCACAGUUGGUUCUAUGGGCCAUGCUUCAGCAAUUGCUCUUGGAAUUGCUUUACAGAAACCUAACAAACAAGUAUUUUGUCUCGAUGGAGAUGGUGCUGUUAUUAUGCACAUGGGUGCAUUAAGUACAAUUGGUCAGAGAGGACCUGAUAAUCUGAAACAUGUCAUCAUUAACAAUGGCUGUCAUGAUUCUGUUGGUGGUCAAAUGACAGAUGCUGGAAACCAUGACAGCUUUGAUUUCUGUGAAAUAUCCAAAAGCUGUGGCUAUAAAGAUGUUAGUGAGAUUUUUAUUUUUGAUUUUAUGAUAGUUUAA